AUGCCCCGACCCCGGAAGCCAGAAUUGGAGGGAAAAGAGGUCAAGAAACGGUCAAGGAAUGGUUGCUGGCCAUGCAAGUCGCGCAAAGUGAAAUGCGGCGAAGAGAAGCCAGCGUGUAUCAACUGCCAGCGCCAGGGUGAGAAGUGCGACUACAGUAUUCGCCUCAACUGGGAUGGCCGUACAAAGAAGAAAGAGGAGGGUAAGGCUGGCUCGCAUAUCAUCUCCUUCUCACCCACACCGUCUUCAGGCCAGAAGCGAGGUCCGUCUAGCCCAGACCUGAACGGCCAUGUCAUCUUCUCCGGUGUCUCCCCCAUGCCUUCGGCGCAGAGUCCUAUGCCGUCGUCCAUGCCAGCCAUCUCGUCGGCACCCCCACUUGGACUACAAGGAUCCCCGAUACCACCCACAGGGCAUUACGGAAGCAAUGUGCCCGUCCCCGGUUCUGAAUUUCCGUCAACCCUGCUUCCGACACCGCCGGUCUUGAGGAAUCCCACAUGGGGCGACCAAAGGAGUAAUGGAAGCUAUCAGAAUCCGGUCCUUGGUCCCCAGCUACGCCAUCAACAGGCUCUCGCUACAUCUCCAUACCCCUCACCGCAAGAAAGUGGUUUUGGCAGUCCAGGCCUGAAUGCUGGCAUGUACAAUCCUGCCGCAUACUCGGCGCAGAUGCCGCCACCGAUGGCAACUUCGAAUCCCUUUAGCCUGGGUGAAUCUGUUGGCUCACCCUUUAACUCCGCAAAGCGGGUGCGACUUUCUCCGCAAACCGACUCCUUCGCCGCACAUGGCUCGGCUUACCAGAGAAGCAUGGACAAUUCCUCCCAGUCUCUCUUUCCUUCGGGAUACAACCUCAAUCCGCUGACACCCGCCGCAUCUUCGGCCUCCAUCUCCCAGGACAAUGACGACCGGCGUAUCUCAGUGAGCUCACUUCUGUCGGAUGAUCCUGGCCCACCAAGUAGCAAGCGGACAUCUGCAAGCGACUCAAAUCAAUCCGGCCCUACUUCAGAACCCGCAGCUCCACCCAGGCGUGGUUCACUUUACCAGCGGAUGAUAUCCUAUUCGGAAACAGAGCUCUACGGGCACGACCGUGGAGCCCCUGAUUGGGAUAUCCCGCGCAACAAUGAUACCAUGGCCAUUUCUGGAAACUCGCCUUCGGAACACAGCGAUUUCAGUUCCUGGUUGGAGGCUGAGUUCGAAGACUCCAGUUUCGGCUUUGGUAUUGCCAGCCGGGAUACAGCAUUCGCCAGUGGCGGAUACUAUGCAACGCCAGUUCCUAUCAAAAUCCCACGCAAGCUCGAGCCACUACCACCAACACUGUCAGAGAAUCCCAUGAACUUGCUGUACUUCCAUCACUUCCUGAACCAUACUGCUCUGAUACUGGUCCCGCACGAUUGUCCCGAAAAUCCUUUCAAGACUAUUUUGCCCAAAAUGGCUGUGGAUAACCCCAACUUGUUGAAUCUCAUGCUUGCCUACUCGGCGUGCCACCGAGCCCGGCUCUUGAAUCAUCCAGAACCCACGCAUCGAAUUGCGCUCUGGGUCCAGGAUGUCUUUCCUGCACUCCGCAGUACUCUAGACGAUGUAUCGAAUACCGAUACUACCAACUCGAACCUUGCAACGGCUAUCAUGCUGACUUCACUGGAAAUAAUCUCACCUGCCAGCUUUGGCGUCAAUAUUCCGUGGCAGAAUCACCUGGGUAUUGCCAGAGAGAUCAUACGCUCCAGAGGAGGGCCACAUUCAGUCUCCAGAAAGGACCCCGUCAUGUAUUUCCUGACUCGUUGGCUUGCCUACCUUGACGUUCUAGGAUCUCUUUCUGGUCGUAGAAACGAAGAACCGCUUUUCGCCGGCAACUACUGGUCCAGCUCACAUGAUGAAGGUUCCUCGGCUAAAGAACUAUCACUCGACGAUGAUGACGGCGACGAUGAAGAUGACUACACGAUCGACUGCCUUCUAGGCUUCACGACUCGUUGUGUGUCUAUACUUGCACAGAUAUCUUUACUGGCAAGGGAAUGCGAAGCUGAUCGUAUCAACACGGAAACCGGCAGUAUUAAUACAGACUGGCGCCCCGGUCCCGAUGUUCUAAAGCGCGCCGAAAAGCUCCGCCGAGACCUCGACCAUGCUCGUACCCACGAACAGAAACAAUGCACGCACCACAGCCCACAACUCUCCAAGGCACAGCUGAUCAAAGAAGCCAGCCGGGCGCCGCCAGAACGACGAUAUAGCUACGUGCACAUGACUGACCAGGACGCCGAGGAAUCACUUGCUACCAAUUUGGCCUUUCACUGGGCGGGAAUGAUUCAUCUGCUACGCCGAGUGCACAACCUCCCACGGACCGAUCCAGAAGUGCAAGAUGCGGUACGUGAAAUCGUCAAGAUCUUGUCACGGAUAAGGGAGAGGGGAAGCGCAGAAGCCUGCCUACUGUUCCCUACCUUUACAGCUGGUGUGGAAGCGGAGAGCGAGGUGGAUCGAAUGGAGGUCUUGACAAGGAUCAGGGGUGCAGAAGGCCUGGGCAUGUGUCAGGUCAGUAGGGCACGGAAGGUUAUGGAGGAGGUGUGGCGGACAGGCGAGAGUUGGGAGACAUUUGUCAAUGGGGAGUUCUUCGGCUGA